GUUUGUCAAACGCCAUUAAAAAACGAGUAAGAAGAAGAAGCUGUGGCGGCGGCAGCAGCAGCAUUAGCUCUGUGGUUGUGACGGGCCUUUAUUGACUUUUACAUUUAGACUUUAAAUCUUUCAGGAAUAUACUCAUUAUGCCAACAAUUAAGCUGCAGAGCUCCGACGGAGAGAUGUUUGAAGUGGAUGUUGAAAUCGCCAAGCAAUCUGUCACUAUAAAAACAAUGUUGGAAGAUUUAGGCAUGGAUGAUGAAGGGGAUGAUGAUCCUGUUCCUCUCCCAAAUGUCAAUGCAGCCAUUCUCAAAAAGGUAAUUCAGUGGUGCACACAUCACAAAGAUGAUCCCCCACCUCCUGAGGAUGAUGAGAACAAAGAGAAAAGGACCGAUGACAUCCCUGUGUGGGAUCAGGAGUUUCUCAAAGUGGACCAGGGCACACUGUUUGAGCUCAUUCUGGCUGCAAACUAUUUGGACAUCAAAGGAUUGCUAGAUGUCACCUGCAAAACAGUUGCAAAUAUGAUUAAAGGAAAAACCCCAGAAGAAAUCAGGAAGACGUUCAAUAUUAAAAAUGACUUCACAGAGGAAGAGGAAGCUCAGGUACGCAAGGAGAACCAGUGGUGUGAAGAAAAAUAAAGUUCAUCCAGAUAAUGUCACACUGUAUGGAUUAUUCCCAAAUCACAUUUACUGGUUGCACUGCAUUAUUCAUAUUUGCUGAUAUUUACAAAUAGAUCAGUAGAAUUAGACCUCUUGUGUAUUGAUAGCGUGAUCCUCCUCAUUGCUUGUUUAGUGUAAAAGAAUAUAAAUUAAUUGGUAUCUGUUUUUAUUCUUUGUAUAUUCAGCAGAAAUAAAUAGUAUAUUCACCUCUCCCAA